GGAAAAGAGAUUUGUUUUGUAAUUAUAUAAUUCAAUAGUUUGGGCCUUUUUACGGGCUGCACUAGCCAGCAAGUAGCCUAGCCGUUAGCGCACCACGUAGAGAUCAGUCCUUCAGCUGCGCUAAGCCUACCUGUUAUCCUUACGACAUUACCCUAUUUAUUAUGCUUAGCUUAUGAACUGACUUAGCUGCGUUGAAGGCAGAAGCCCUAUCUGCUGACGACUUAACUUCUGCUUAUCCACUGUCGAGGACAAGAGCCAUUUCCAUAUAAUACAGUGAACUUCACAAGUAAGCCUUUUUGGUGGAGCAGCUUCGGGCUUAGCACAGUUGUUGCAACUCCUCCAGGCAGCAACAUCCAAAACAAAGCGCCCUUUCAAAGCCAUCUACUCUACAGUGAAGCAGCAUCCUCGCCUUAGCGUAAUUACUAUCAGCCAUCCGACGUACUUUUAUAUCGUCAAUGGAUUCUCUACCGUACGUCGACCUCCUCUUCAAAGAGUAUCUGCUCUUCCGCGGCUUCACUGCUACCCUGCAGUCUUUCAACACUGAGCUAGACGCGGACCGGUGCUGCGGAUUCCAGGCCGAGGCCCUAUGUGAGCUCAUCUUCGGCCAGCUGCUGCCGCAGUGCCGAACAUCCCACCUGAUGCAGCUGCUGGACCUGCUGGGGGAGAGGCUGUUCAGUCGGUCGGACGGGCGGUUCGAGGGGGCUGUGGAGCGAAUGCAGGUAGCGCUCAUCAAGGCGGCGCUGGUGGCCUGUGUGCAGUGCGGCCGGCAGGACAAGGUUGGUGAGUUCUUCCGGGAGCAGGGGGACGCGCUGCUGUCGGGGCCCGAGGCUGGCCUGUGGCGGCAGUGGGCUGCCCUCGCCUUCGUACCCAGCCCGCGGAAGGACCCCGCGUUCCAGGCGUACUUUAGCCCCGAGUGGCUGAGCCUGCUGGAGGUUUCCCUCCGCAACCUGCUGUCCCAGGCGCUGUCCGCGCUGCCGCUGCCUGCCGUACUGCGAUUCAACUCCGACCGACUGCACCGCCGGGCGCUGCAGCAGCAGAGCCCCAACCGACAAGACAACCACCACCACCAGCAGCAGGAGCAGCCGGUGGGGCAGCAGCAGCAACCCCAACCUCCACACCCCCAGCCCCCCCGGCAUCGCCACGGCAGGACUCUGAGCUUGGAGGCCUGGCAUGCCAUCGAUGAGGAUGAGAUGGCAGCGGAGGAGGCGGAAGAGGGGAACGAGGAGGACGGGGAGGCGUUGGGAGCCGCGAUGGAGACUGGAGAAGUGGCG